CUGGCAAUGUCGCUUUGGACUGGUUUCCCAGCGGGCGUUGGCCAAGGCCAAACUAAGGUAUAUACACAGCUUCGUCGUCCUCUCAAGUGCCAAGCGAAAGCACAUGACUUCGAGAGAAAGCUGUCCCACAAGUUCCAGGUUCCAGAAGAGCUUCUCGAGAAUGCUUCUGAGGAGUCAGAUGAGGAAUCGGUGCUUCUGAACAUGCCAUAUGAGAUUCUCCUCACCAUCUACGACAGUCUGGCCCAUGCCCCAUCCCAGGUUGCACUAGCUCUAACGUGCAAGCGCAUGGCGGUGGUUGCGCGAGAUGUCCAUCUUCACCUCUCACCAUUCUCCGCCAAAUAUGCAGGGUUUCUGCCAAAGACCGUCUUCGACGUUCCGGAGCUGAUGACCCAACUAAAACCAUGGAUGCCCGCGGAAUUGCGCCUCUGCAAUCACUGUCUAACCAAUCGGCCGUGUACCGAGGAGUACUGGGCCACCAUCAUCGGCUGCGAAGUGAGCAACUUCUGGAUCCAGAAGACGGGAUGGAACUUCCACAACGCCAGCUGGCAUAAACAGGUUCACGACAUUUGCCCUGCUUGUCACGCCUCGUGCUCUCUGAGCGACUAUGUCGAUUGCGACGGUUGUCGGGCGCUUGGCCGACUGGGUGAUGUUGAUUGGUCUAGAGUCUCGGACCAUUGGCGAAGGAGGACAGAGGAAGAACUUCGCGCCGGCCACUUUGCGACUUGA